CAGGUAUACAUUCAGUCGGUACCAGGGCUUUUCCCUCAAUCUUUUCAUUUUUUCCUUUUUUUUCCCCCUCCCCCAUUUUCUUUUAUAUGGUAAUUGUAGAUGUAAAAUCAUGUAAGAGAAAAAAGAAAAAGGCAAGGAAAAGAACUGACUCAACCUACUCUUCAUCUCCAGUACACUGAUGAAUGAAUGCAAUUAAAAACCAAGGCGACGCACAGCACAGUUUUCCAACCCAUCCAAUCCUCCGUACCUUACCUCCAACUACGUUACCUACUCUACCUAUUUCCAUACCUCUUUCCUCCCUCCCGAUCCUCUCUUGCUGCUACUGCUACCAACUAACUCAACCAGUGGCAGUUCAUCAAGUCAGUCAAUCAGUCCCGGAUCUCCUAUCGCAAUCCCUCCUUCUCUCAGCUUCUCCCCCUCCUCCUCAUUGUUUUCCCGUCUCCUGCUUUCCCCUCUUUGAUUUUCCUAACUUCUACUUCAGUACUACGAUAAUCUCUUAUCGUCUGGUGUGGAAGAUUCCCACCUGUUCUUCCCUUACUCCACUUAGUCUUUUGUUUUCUCUCUCUCUCACCACCUUUUUUUUUCCCUGCGCAUUCCUGCUUUUGCUCCUAGUCUACCUAGUACUUACUCGCUUCCCCUCCUUCUGUCAUCCCUCACCCCCCCACCCCCCCCCCCCCCCCCCCCCCCCCCCCCUCGGACCUUCAAACCUAGAGAGUCAAAUUCUACUGGAAAGUCCCUUUGACUCUCUGCAUCUUCUUUCCCCCCUUUCUUCCCUCUGCUUUUUCCCAUCGCCUUGGUGACUGUCAUCAAUCAUCGCGUCCCAAGGCCGACGACCACGAGUGCUUAGCCAGACGCACCAGUCAUCAAAGCCGUCGGUUACACGCUUCUGCUGGGUGCAUUGAAGGACUGCAGCCCC